UUUGGGAAAAACGGGGAGUGAUACCGCCCCAAAUCCGCCCCAUUACCAUCCCCAGCUCCAACUACUUAUCUUCUUUGCACAUAUAUACGUACAGACCCAGCGUUAGGUGUGUGUAUGCACCAAGUACACAGGUUUUUCUAUGAAUUGCGCUCCGGACUUUUAUAUAUUCCCGCCGCUAGCUCCUACCCGUCGCCAUUUUGGCCUAACUCAGAAAAAUGGUGAGAACUGUGAAGAGUCAUCACGAAGGGGAUGAAGAUGACGACUUGGAUUUUUCUUCCAGAGCUCUUGAUGAUUCCUCCGAGAAGGUUACAAUGGAUGGGAGGAGCAGUGAUCAGAAGACGAAUACACUUCGGUCCAAGCACUCUGAGACAGAGCAGCGAAGGAGGAGCAAAAUCAACGAGAGAUUCCAAACAUUGAGGGAUCUCAUACCUGAGAAUGAUCAGAAGAGAGACAAAGCUUCGUUCUUGCUGGAGGUUAUUCAGUAUAUUCAGUUUUUAAAAGAGAAAAUACAGAUGUAUGAAGGAGCAAGCCAAGAUUGGAGUCCAGAGCCCUCAAAGUUGAUGCCAUGGAGAAGAAGCUCUUCUGGCCCUCCCCAAAUCUUCACAGAACAGUCCCAGCUGAUCAGGAGUGGCUCUGCUCAUGAAGACAAUAUUGUUGUGGACUCUAUAUUACUUCCUAAUAACACACGUGACUCUGUAGAAUCUGGCAUGAAUGGGGAAGCUGGCUAUAAAAUAAUGGAUGAACACCACCGUGAAGUAAUAAAUGAAGUUAUCCCUUACAACAUGCCUCUACAGCCAAGUUUAUUCAAUGGUAUAUCGAUCCAACCCUCUCACGGAUCUUCUACCUAUACUGAUCAGUUGGCUUCUGAGGCACAACUGUUUGAAUGGUCUGAUAAACAGCAUAAGAUACAAUCUGAAGACCUAAUCUUUGAUCAGAAUGACAGGGAUGAGCUGAAAAACAAAUGCAGGGAUGACAGUUCUCCAAACGACUACUCUCAGAGGUUGUUGAAUACCCUAAACCAGACAAUGGCAUCUAUGGGAGUUGAUAUGUCACAGGCAAAUAUUUCAGUUGAACUUGAUGUUGGUAAUUAUACAAGCAGCAGAACUGCCGUUUCUGCAUUUAAUGGUUGCGAGAAUUAUGACCAUGCUCAUAAAAAGCUCAGAAGAUAGCAGUUAAUUAGGAGUUCUGGUCUUACCAUUGAAAAGGCGCACCUUAGUCUCCUGCAUCUCACAAUUUUCCCAGGCAGACAAUUGAGUAACGAAUUGAAUGGAGUUGCUUUGCUGGCCAUUCUUCUUCAUUCUUCUUUCUUCCCAAAUGGGUCUUCUUGACCCGUCUUACUUCGUGUUUCUGCAAAUGAAGAAUCUCUCCAGAUUGAGAGUGUCCAACUUUACUAAUAAUUGGGAUUUCACUAAUGGAGCACCUCGUCAAUUACCUGGAAUUUUUCGCAGCAGCAAUGGGAGGAAGAGAUAGACGCUAUCGGGAAGACAAAAGAAGAAGAAAGAAGAUGCAGCUGUGCAGCACAGACGCGAUAGGGAGGAGAAAAGAAAAGAUAAAGGAAAUAAUAGUAGGAUGGUAGGACCAAUCAAACAAGCCAUGUGAUCAAGUGACCUGGUGAAGUGAUUAAUUCAGGUCACCCGUACGUUUUUAGAAGAUGCUUUAUACUCCGCGUAUUGAAAUUUGAAAAUAGACAUAUUUGAGAAUUCUGGGACUGUCCGCAGUUGGGAUUAUUCCUGUGAAUUUUUCCUUUAUAAAUGAUGUAGAAAAGCUAGACUUGUGUUUUAUGAUCC